GCUUUCGGGUUUUGGAGUUGAAUACCUCAAUCGGUGAUAGUGAGAUUGUGAGAAGGUGAGAAAGAAAGUAUUAUCGAUCAUGGACAAGAGUAUGCUUGGAGGGGAUAUGCCUCAGCUUUCUGAGGAAGAUAAUGUCAGGAUGUCCACCAUGAUUGACCAGCUCCAAAUCCGUGACAGUUUGAGGAUGUAUAAUUCACUUGUUGAGAGAUGUUUUACUGACUGUGUCGACACCUUCAAGCACAAGUCCCUGCAGAAGCAAGAGGAAAGCUGUGUCCGGCGAUGUGCUGAGAAGUUUCUUAAGCAUUCGAUGAGAGUUGGCAUGAGAUUUGCAGAGCUGAACCAAGGUGCAGCCACACAAGAUUAAACAAAUUAUCCUCAAUAAAAAUGCGGAGGAACCAAUUUUAAUUUGUUCUUAAUUGCCAUAUAACAUACUUCAUAUCAUUUUUGAUGCCUUGUUGAAGGCUAAAUAACAUGCAUGUUUUAGUUUGUAGAUACAUGGCAGUUGCUUUUUUCAUCACUUAGAUUGAUUGUGUUCUUCAAAUUUUAAUCAAUUUUUAUACCUAUAUUAUUAUGUACUGUCAUGAAAUAUUUGGUUUGAAUUUGCUUCAAGUUAUACGUGGGACGUCUUUCAGGACUGUAAUCUCAUUUUUUGUUUUUGCAAAA